GAAGCAUGAACUGGCAGCGGAGGUGCUGCUCCCCGCCGCCGCCUCCCCGCCGGUGAGAGCGAGGAGGGAGGGAAGAUGGGGGCCGUCCUGCGCAGCCUACUCGCCUGCAGUUUUUGUUCCCUGAUGCGAGCUGCUCCGCUACUUCUGUAUGCGAACCGCCGGGAUCUGCGGCUGGUGGAUGCUGCCCAUGGCAAGGAGAACGCCACGGUGAUUGUGGGGGGACUGGAGGACGCGGCUGCCGUGGACUUUGUGUUCCUCAAGGGCUUGAUUUAUUGGAGUGAUGUCAGCGAGGAAGCCAUCAAACGGACAGAGUUCAAUAAAUCUGGGAGUGUACAAAAUGUGGUCGUUUCUGGACUUCUGUCGCCUGACGGGCUGGCCUGUGACUGGCUGGGGGAGAAGUUGUACUGGACAGAUUCAGAAACAAAUCGGAUUGAGGUUUCUAACUUAGAUGGAUCACUGAGGAAAGUUUUGUUUUGGCAAGAAUUGGAUCAACCCAGAGCAAUCGCCUUAGAUCCUGCAAGAGGGUUCAUGUACUGGACAGACUGGGGAGAAGUGCCAAAGAUAGAGCGAGCCGGGAUGGAUGGUUCAAGCCGCUCCAUUAUCGUUAACACGGACAUAUAUUGGCCAAAUGGACUGACAUUGGAUUAUGAGGAGCAGAAACUCUAUUGGGCAGAUGCUAAACUAAAUUUCAUCCACAAAUCAAAUUUGGACGGAAGUCAUAGGCAAGCAGUGGUUAAAGGCUCCCUUCCACAUCCCUUUGCUUUGACACUGUUUGGGGACACGUUGUACUGGACUGACUGGAACACACAUUCGAUCUUGGCCUGCAGCAAGUACUCCGGGGAGGACCUGCGUGAAAUACAUUCCAACAUAUUCUCUCCCAUGGAUAUCCAUGCCUUCAGCCAGAAGAGGCAGCCAAAUGCUACAAACCCAUGUGGAAUUAAUAAUGGUGGCUGCUCCCACUUGUGUUUGAUGUCUCCUACCAAGCCCUCUUAUCAGUGUGCAUGUCCCACUGGUGUGAAACUUCUUGAGAAUGGAAAGACCUGCAAAGAUGGUGCCACUGCCCUGCUGCUCCUGGCCCGCCGGACGGACCUGAGGCGCAUUUCCUUGGACACCCCUGACUUCACGGACAUUGUGCUGCCACUGGAGGACAUCCGCCACGCCAUCGCCAUUGACUUUGAUCCACUGGAAGGAUACAUCUACUGGACGGAUGAUGAAGUGAGGGCCAUCCGCCGCUCCUUCCUCGAUGGCUCAGGCAGCCAAUUUGUGGUCACUGCUCAGAUUGCACAUCCCGAUGGCAUCGCUGUGGACUGGGUGGCCCGGAACCUGUACUGGACGGACACCGGCACAGACCGCAUCGAAGUCACGAGGCUUAAUGGGACCAUGAGGAAAAUCUUGAUAUCAGAAGACCUGGAAGAACCAAGAGCUAUUGUGCUGGAUCCCAUGGUUGGGUAUAUGUACUGGACUGACUGGGGAGAAAUCCCAAAGAUUGAGAGGGCAGCACUGGAUGGCUCAGACAGAAUUGUGCUUGUAAACACCUCGCUUGGCUGGCCAAAUGGGUUGGCACUGGAUUAUGCAGAAAGCAAAAUAUACUGGGGAGAUGCAAAAACAGACAAAAUAGAGGUCAUGAAUGCUGAUGGAACUGGUAGGAGAGUCCUGGUGGAGGACAAGCUGCCUCAUAUAUUUGGAUUCACUCUUUUGGGAGACUACAUUUACUGGACAGACUGGCAAAGGCGCAGCAUUGAACGCGUGCACAAGUGCACAGCAGAAAGAGAGAUCAUCAUUGACCAGCUGCCUGAUCUGAUGGGCCUGAAAGCCACCAACGUCCACCAGAUCAUUGGUACAAACCCCUGUGCAGAAGACAACGGCGGCUGCAGCCACCUGUGUCUGUACCGACCACAAGGCCUUCGCUGCGCCUGUCCCAUCGGCCUGGAGCUCAUCAGUGACAUGAAGACCUGCAUCGUCCCAGAAGCUUUCCUGCUCUUUUCCAGGAGAGCAGACAUUAGACGCAUCUCUCUAGAAACCAACAAUAACAACGUUGCUAUUCCACUCACUGGAGUCAAGGAAGCUUCUGCUCUGGAUUUUGAUGUGACAGACAAUCGCAUUUACUGGACUGACAUUUCACUGAAGACCAUCAGCAGAGCAUUUAUGAAUGGCAGCGCGCUGGAACAUGUCGUGGAGUUCGGCUUGGAUUAUCCCGAGGGCAUGGCUGUGGACUGGCUGGGGAAGAAUUUGUACUGGGCUGACACUGGCACAAACCGGAUUGAGGUGUCCAAGCUGGACGGGCAGCACCGCCAGGUGCUUGUGUGGAAAGAUCUCGACAGUCCCCGGGCACUGGCGCUGGACCCUGCUGAAGGGUUCAUGUACUGGACUGAGUGGGGUGGCAAGCCAAAGAUUGACAGAGCUGCUAUGGAUGGCAGUGAGAGGACCACGUUGGUCCCAAAUGUGGGACGUGCUAAUGGCCUGACCAUUGACUACGCCAAGAGGCGCCUGUACUGGACUGACCUGGACACCAACCUCAUAGAGUCCUCCAACAUGUUAGGCCUUGACCGUGAGAUCAUAGCUGAUGAUUUGCCUCACCCCUUUGGCCUGACCCAGUACCAGGAUUACAUUUACUGGACAGACUGGAGCCGGCGCAGCAUCGAACGAGCCAACAAGACCAGUGGCCAGAACCGAACCAUCAUCCAGGGGCACUUAGAUUACGUUAUGGACAUCCUGGUCUUCCACUCCUCCAGGCAGGCAGGCUGGAACGAGUGUGCCUCCAGCAAUGGUCACUGCUCUCACCUGUGCCUGGCAGUCCCCGUGGGAGGGUUUGUCUGUGGCUGCCCAGCUCACUAUUCCCUGAACUCUGACAACAGGACCUGCAGUGCUCCUACCACCUUUCUGUUGUUCAGUCAGAAGAAUGCGAUUAAUCGCAUGGUGAUAGAUGAGCAGCAGAGCCCAGAUAUCAUACUCCCCAUCCACAGCCUCCGGAAUGUCCGAGCCAUUGAUUAUGACCCUCUGGAUAAGCAGUUGUACUGGAUCGACUCUCGGCAGAACAUCAUCCGGAAGGCACAGGAAGAUGGCAGCCAGAGCCUCACUGUUGUGACAAGUCCAGUUCCCAAUCAGAACCUGGAUAUGCAGCCCUAUGACCUGAGCAUUGACAUCUACAGCCGCUACAUCUACUGGACCUGCGAGGCCACCAACGUCAUCAACGUGACUCACCUAGAUGGGAGACCCAUGGGAGUGGUGCUCAAGGGGGAUCAGGAUAGGCCCAGAGCCAUUGUGGUGAAUCCAGAGAAAGGAUACAUGUAUUUCACCAACCUCCAGGAAAGAUCUCCUAAAAUUGAGAGGGCAGCAUUGGAUGGAACUGAGCGAGAAGUCCUUUUUUUCAGUGGUUUGAGCAAGCCCAUAGCCUUAGCUAUUGACAGCCAGCUGGGCAAGUUGUUCUGGGCUGACUCGGAUCUGCGCAGAAUUGAAAGCAGUGACCUUUCAGGUGCUAACAGGAUCGUUUUGGAAGAUUCCAAUAUCUUGCAGCCUGUGGGACUAACUGUAUUUGAGAACUGGCUGUACUGGAUUGACAAGCAGCAGCAGAUGAUUGAAAAGAUUGAUAUGACCGGUCGAGAAGGACGUACAAAGGUCCAGGCCCGUAUUGCACAACUCAGUGACAUCCAUGCUGUGAAGGAGCUCAACCUGCAGGAAUACAGACAACAUCCGUGCUCUCAGGAUAAUGGUGGCUGCUCCCACAUUUGCAUUGUCAAGGGGGAUGGCACCACACGCUGCUCUUGCCCUGUGCACCUGGUGCUGCUGCAGGAUGAGCUGUCCUGCGGAGAACCACCAACAUGCUCCCCUCAGCAGUUCACCUGUUUCACAGGUGAGAUUGACUGCAUCCCAGUGGCCUGGCGCUGCGAUGGGUUCACUGAGUGUGAAGACCACAGUGAUGAGAAGAACUGCCCGGUGUGCUCUGACACCCAGUUCCAGUGUGAGAGUGGGCAGUGCAUCGACAGUGCCCUGCGCUGCAAUGGGGAAGCCAAUUGUCAGGACAACUCGGAUGAGAAGAACUGCGAAGUGCUGUGUUUAACGGAUCAGUUCCGCUGUGCCAGUGGGCAGUGCAUCGGAAAAAGCAAGAAGUGCGAUCACAACCUGGACUGCAGUGACAGCUCUGAUGAACAAGGAUGCUACACAACAGAGGAACCUGCACCACAACCCAACAACACCAUAGGCUCCAUCAUUGGUGUGAUCCUUACAGUCUUUGUGGUGGGAGCAAUGUACUUCAUCUGCCAGAGGGUGCUGUGCCCACGCAUGAAGGGGGAUGGGGAAACCAUGACCAAUGAUUACGUGGUGCACGGGCCAGCCUCGGUACCUCUGGGCUACGUGCCUCAUCCAAGCUCUCUGUCAGGGUCUCUCCCUGGUAUGUCUCGAGGUAAAUCUGUCAUCAGCUCCCUCAGCAUUAUGGGAGGGAGCAGUGGCCCACCCUAUGACAGGGCCCAUGUUACAGGAGCCUCCUCUAGUAGUUCUUCAAGUACCAAAGGCACUUACUUUCCUCCAAUUUUGAACCCACCACCAUCACCAGCUACUGAACGUUCACACUAUACCAUGGAAUUUGGUUAUUCUUCAAACAGCCCAUCUACUCAUAGAUCCUACAGCUACCGCCCCUACAGCUACCGGCACUUCGCGCCGCCCACGACGCCCUGCAGCACGGACGUGUGCGACAGCGACUACGCCCCGAGCCGCCGGGUGCCCACGGCCAAGGGCUACACCAGCGACCUCAACUACGACUCGGAGCCGGUGCCGCCGCCGCCCACGCCGCGCAGCCAGUACCUGUCUGCCGAGGAGAACUGCGAGAGCUGCCCGCCGUCCCCCUACACCGAGCGCAGCUACUCCCACCACCUGUACCCGCCGCCGCCGUCCCCCUGCACCGACUCCUCCUGAGGGGCAGCCCCCCGCCCCGCGCCCUCCGCUCUGCGCUGUAAAUACAAAAGGUUCUGCUGGGGACGGGGGGAGGGAGCCCAGGAUGGGGGAGGACAGUGUACAGUUAAACGUGGGGCGGAGGAACACUGAAGAUAUUUGUACAGAAUAAUUAAAAAAAAAAGGAUAUUUAUAUAUUUUCUUAAACAGCAGCUGCUGCUUGUGCCAUAAGAAGAAUUUUUGUAUAAAAGAACCCAGACGUUUGUACAAAAAGUUUUUAUUUUUGCAAAUGGAACACAAAAACAUGCCUUAAUCCAGUGAAUUGACUGAGCACAUAAGGAAAUGGAAGGACUGGGAUAUGUUACUUGUCCAGCGAGAUGAUGUGUGGGUUUUGUCAAUACCAAAAAUGUUUAAAGUAAUUAAUAAUAAAGAAGUCUGUCUCAGAGCAGCAUACCAUAGAUACUUGGAAGUAGCCAAAUAACCUCUAUGUUAACUGCAGAGGGCCAGCAAAGUUAAACUUGAAAAUGCAGUCAGGACAGAUAUUAACCUUACACAAAGGGCUUUCUUUUCUACAGGAACACAGCAAUCAUAGCAGUGAAUCCAGAAAAUCAGUCACACACUUUUUAAAACUAAUACACCUCUGGUUUUCCAUAAUGCAUUUAACAAACGAGAGCAUUUAGAGCUCUCUCCCUGCUUCUGGAAUUUCAGUUGUUUUUAUUGGAUGUAUUUUAAAGUUUGUUUUUUGAUUACGGUUAAGUUUUCUUGUCUUUUCUUCAUCCUUUCUUCCUGCCUGCGUCACUUAAAUUCAUGAGAUUCCUAUUUAAAGUACUGCUAGAACUGGGCUGCCAUAAAUGCCGGGUUUUCUCCUAAUGAGCCUUGUCAUGCAGUGAUUUAUCAUGCCAAUCACUACCCUCCCCAUUUUGCCACCAUGGUAGGACUCUGUUUUGUACCAGGUCAGUACGAUUCUCACGUCAUUGACAAGGGUAAUAUGCAUAUACCUGAAUGAUUUUUAGUCCCUUAAAAAAGAAAAGCUUAUUUUGACCUAGUGCCCACAAAAUGUCAAAUAUUUUUGUACCACAUAUAAUAUAGACAGCAUAUUUAUAAACUAUAAAUUUAACCAUGGAUUGUUAGUUUUACUGUAAAUGAAUAAUAUAUCCUUGCAGUACUUUCAGUGUAUAUUGAUAUCACAGUAUACAAAUCAUAUAUAUAAAUAUAUAUAUUAUUUUUUCCUAGUAAGGAAACAUUUAACUUUCAGUAGAACAACUGUCCAUAGGAAAAAUAGAUGAUCAUUGGAAGGGGUUCCCCUGCUGUAUUAACUGCUCGUGUUUUGUGUUAGGUAAAGCCAGUUUUUCUCAGUAUGAUUUUGACAUACCUCCUCUUUUGCAUUGUGUGAGUUUAACACUUAAGUAUUAACCGCUGUGAAUGUCAAAUUUUAAGAUAUUCUUAACCAAACCAUUUUAUAUUCGCAUCUCUAUUUUUGUAUAUUGUCAUAUUUAGCCCCUUCUCCCGUCAGCCUCACCAUGGUGAUUUUGACAGGGAGAUUAUUUAAUCAAGUGAAAACAUUAUUUGUGUGGUUUAAGGGGCAACAUAGGGUAUUAACUCCUCCUGGACUCUAGUGCAGUACUUUGAAUUUGUUUUGUUGCAGCAGAGCUCACCAUGUACCUGAUCUUAGAUGGCAUUGUGCAUUUCUACCUUUUUUUGACAUCACAUCCACUGAAGGUGCUCAGUGCCUUCGCAGACUGGUCCUCUGAGUCUUCUCUCUCAAAACAAAGGUCCUGGGGAGCUCCUGCCUCCUCACCUUUGGGUAUGGAAUGGGGAUAGAAACUUUCCAGAGGCACCUUUCGGGUUUUAUUGUUCCCUGUUGCUUCUUUCCCAGCCAGUUCCAACUAAAAGAGAAGUUAUAUGAAAAUAUGGCAUGGGCUUGCAAUUGAUGCUGUUGACAAAAUUAGUGACAAGUCAUUCUUGCUAGCUGCCACUCAUCUGGAGUACUGGAUCCUCAUUUGGUUUCAGCUCCAAGGAAAACAGUGUCAUUUGGAUUCCAUCUGUAGUCAAGGGUCUUUCCUACGAGUCCAGAAUACCUGAGGAAACUUUAAAAAGCCUUGGUGAUCUCCAGGCUAUUGCUGUUGAUCUAUGAAGAUAGUAUUCUAAGGGUUUUUUUGCCCAGCUUCAUUCUCGGUUUCUAGGAAUUGUGGUAGCUGUUCUUCUGGCUCUUCCUUGCUGGUAGAGAAGCUUCCUUGUGUUGUCCAGCAGGAUGGAUGUUGAGGAGGGUGUUGUGAACUCUAAGGGAACUCAAAACCAUAUAUAUGAAGGGGGGGAGGGCAGGUGUGUUGGGGUGGG